AUGCGGUCACAGCACCUCACGCGCAAUGUGUGUUCUCUCCGACUGCUGGCCCGCCACGGCCUGCUGCGGCCCUGCCCGUCGCUUCCAGGCCGCUGCUAUGCCGUCUCCUCCCGCGCCGCUUUUCUUCCCUACGCACCCCCGGCCUCGACCUCACUUCCACGCGGCCAGCCCCGCCGGACCUUCUUCGGCAUCUUCCAGAAACCCCCGCGCAUGCUAAAGGAGCCCGACCUCGAGCCGGGCUACGACGUGCUGCUGCAGUUCCGCAGCGUCGAGGUCGAGAAUGCCCGUCCACCCCCGCGCGAGGACCUGCUUCGCGGCUGGCGCCAGUUCAUCCAGUACAAGCGCAAGAACUACCACCAGCCGCUGAACCCGACCCAGGCGUUUUUGAUUCAGCGCUUGCUGCGACACCUGCUCGCUGUCGAUGCGGACGACGCCACAAACGGCGCAACGAAUGGCGCAACAAACCGCCAACAGACCGCAGACCUCGGGUUUGCCGACUUGCGUACCGCGCUGUGGGUGACGGUGACGAAACCGCCCAAGGGGACCACCGAGCACCACCUCGAGCUUGCGAAGCUGGUCUACGCCGAGAUUGAGCGGAGGAUACAGGAGAUGCGCGGGCUUGGGGUUGAAGAGGAUGUUAUUCGGGAUACCCUGGGGGGGAAGGAGAUGCUGGACCUGGAGCUGUAUUUGACGGCGCUGUCGCAGUACGGCGCCGCGCGGGAGGCUGCGGUGCGGUUGGCUGAUCGGAAAAGCAAAGGGUCGGGAAACAAAGGCAUGGCGGCCCGCGAGCGGUCGUUCUGGACAAUCGUGCUGCGCGGCCUGGCCAAGGAGGGCCGCGAGGAGGAACUGCUGGCCGAGUUCGCCAACGCCGAAGCAGCUAAACUCGAGUACCAACCGCCGAUCCACGAGAUCAUGACAACCUUUUACGCGCAGCGGGACCAGGUCGAGGAGACCAAGCGGUGGUUCUCACGGCCCAUUCAAGCCGGUUGGGCGCCGAGCCCCAAGGUUUAUCUCGAGCUGGUGCGGUUUGCCGUGCGGAACCGUGAGCAGGCCUGGCUGCAGCCCAUCUUUGAGCGGCUGAUCAACUCGGAUCCGCAAAAGGACUACUGGGAUGUUGUGUUUCAGUGGGCUGUGUUGGCUAUGGAUAAGGGGGUUGAGGAUGUCAAGCAGAUGAUCCAGGUUAUGUCGGCGCAGAGGUCUUCAACAGGGAGCAGGCAGCAGCAGCAAGAACAACCACCACCACAACAAGACAACAAAGACAGAGGACCAAAGGCCGACGCGGCCACCAUCAACGCCCUCAUCUCCGCCGCCAUCGAAAAACAAAACCCCUACCUGGCCGAGCGCUUCCUCUCCCUCGGCGCCGAGCUCCAAAUCCCCCCCAGCGCAUCAACCUACAUCCUCCAAAUGGACUACCGCCUCGACGCCCAAGACUUCUCCGGCGUGCGCGCGCUCUACGACAAGCUCCUCAAAGGCGAAGUCCCCGUCUACCAAGACGAAGACCUCCCCGUGCUCAACAAAUACCUCCGCGCCCUCUGCGCCGUGCACCCCGAACCCGACCUCGGCCGCAUCCUCGACAUCACCGCCGACCUCGAACAACGCCACGCCACCCUCGAACCCGACACCGUCGUCGCCCUCUGCAUGGUCUUUUUGCGUUCCGACAACCAAUUCGAAGUCAUCGACACCCUCUCCCUGCACACCGUCUCCUACUCCCGCGACGAACGCGCCCAAGUCCGCCGCGCAUUCGUCGACUACUGCUGCCUCGACCGCCACGCCCUCAGCACCGCCCGCGCCUGGGACGCCUACUCCCUCCUCCGCCAAUUCUUCCCCGACACCGACCCCUCCGAACGCGCCCGCCUCAUGGACGCCUUCUUCGCCCGCCGCCGCCCAGACAUGGCCUGCUACAUCUUCGGCCACAUGCGCUCUUCCGAUAGCCCCGGCCACCGUCCCACCGCCGACAUGUACGUCCGCUGCCUGGAGGGUCUCGGCCGGCACCCGGACGGGACCGGCACCAGCGGCAGUGCGCAUGCCGACUCCCUUAAAAUGAUCCACAACAUGCUCAAAAUGGACACGACCGUGCAACUCGACACCCGUCUGCGCAACGCGCUCAUGAUGGCCUACGCGGCGUGCGAUGAACCGCAUGUGGCGAUCCAUGAGUUCUGGCGGGACAUUACCGCGUCUGCCGAAGGCCCUUCCUACGCCAGUCUGGCGAUUGUGUUUUGGGCGUGUGAGUUAUCGCCGUUUGGGGAUAGGGUGGCACGGGAGAUUUGGCAGAAGGUGCAACGCAUGGAUUUGGCGGUGCCGGCGGAGGUGUUUGGGGCGUAUUGUGGUGCGAUUGCGGGGAAUGGACAUGUGGAGGAGGUGAUGAGGUUGAUUCGGGGCAUGGAGGGGAGUGUGGGGUGUGCGCCGGGGAUGAUGACCCUCGGCGUACCCUACAACGCACUCCCCUGGGCCAACGUCAAAGACCAGUUCGAGACCUGGGCCCGCGCCGAGUACCCGGAUAUCUGGGCACAGCUGGAGAAGAAGGGGCGCAAGCAGACCAUCCAGGGGACGAAGUUCAAUAUUCGGAGGGAUAUGAGGGCGUAG